ACCAAUCGGGAAUCAGAACUCAAAAGGGGAAAUUGCGUAAAACGGCGAAUCCACCAGUGCUAGAGCGAGUGAAUAGCGAACGUCUGCCCCCUCAGCGCAGGUAUUUUUGUCCGUGAGUGAGCAGCCCGCGAAGAAAUUUCAUGCGUUCGUUCAGAGAAAUAUAGAAAUCCCCCAGCUCAAAGAAAGGGAACCACACCUGACUGUAACACGUGACUUUACGUCACAUAAAAACAAUUCUGCUGACACUGACUGUUGACCGCAGGUACUGUUGUGCAGCAAAAUGUCUGAUUCCGACUUGUUCAUGGAGUGUGAAGAGGAGGAAUUGGAGCCAUGGCAACAGAUACAUGAGAACAUAGAGGCUGAAAGGAUUGAGCCUUUUGAGAGCAUCAACACUGUAAAGCAAGUCACUGGAAUGCCUGCAGUGCAGCCAGUGGUGACCCCUGUCCCAGCACCUGCCCCAGUGGCAUCCACUCAUGUGGUCCUGUCAGGCCAGACCCUGUCUGGCAGCAGCGGCAGCAGCGGCAGCAGCAAAGACACUGCGUUGCCACUGCAAUCUCUCCUCACUUCCAUGGGUUCAAUCCCAGUCACGCUGCCCGCUGGUCUCAAGCCGGGCCCAGGACAGCAGCUGAUCUUUACUCAGGGGGCGGGAGGCCUCAGCACUGUGGCCCUCUCCCAGAUGCUGCUUCCUGGCCACGGCCACGGCACUUCCACCAGCCAGCCUAUAUUCUUUACCACACAGGGUCUUCCCGUCCAAAAUUUAACGGCUGGACAGAAUCCCCUAGGGAUCGUCCUGAAUGUCCAACAGGGUCAAACUAUUAAACCCAUUACGCUGGUGUCAGCACCCGGAACUUCAAUUUUCAAACAGGCAGUUGGAGGGACCCAAAUUAUAAAUCAGCCAACUCCGUUGCAGACGGUCACGCAGGUUGGAACGGUGAAUCACCCGGCUGCACCAACCCACACCACCACCUUCACCAGAGUCCAGAUCCCUGCCACCAUCACCAUCCGCAACACCACCCCAAUAAGCCACCCUAAGCCCACUAUGGUGACCACGUCCAGUUCCCUACCCUCCGUAAAGACUACAACACUACCAGCAAACAUGGCAAACACAAGCGGCCUGCUCACGGUGAAGCCAGGAGAGGGCAGCACUGACCGACCAAAACUGGUGAGCCUGGUCAACCAGCCUCAGACGCUCAUUCUGCUGCCGAGCCAGAAGGCCAACGGUCUUCCCGCCAGCUCCACCGCCACCGCGCAGCUCAAUAUCCAAGCGAGUUCUACCGCAACUUCACCAUCAGGUCUUAAGAUAUGCCCACGCUGUGGAGCCCAGUUCAAGAUGAUAGAAGCACUACGUGGACAUAUGUGUUUCUGUUGUCCAGAUCUGACCCAGGCUCCCACCACCAGUAAAGUGUCCCCUCUGACCCAGGCCCCCACGACCAGCAAAGUGUCCGCUGUGACCCAGGCCCCCACGACCAGCAAAGUGUCCCCUCCCAUAGCUCCGGUGCCUGUCCAAAAGGAGGCGGAAAAGCUUGUGAUGCUUGUGGAUGACUUCUACUACGGGACAUAUGAGGGGAACCGCACCAACGCAGCCCAGGACAACCUGACGAACCCCCUGGUUUUCAAGUGCCUCACUUGUGGCAAGAAAUUGAGAAGCAACAUAAGGCUCAUGAACCACAUGAAGCACCACGUGGAGCUUGAGCAGCAGAAUGGAGAGAUGGACACCCACACAUCCUGCCAGCAUUGUUACAGACAGUUCCCCACGCCCUUCCGCCUUCAGUGUCACUUGGAGAGUGUACACAGCUCGUACGAGUCCAGCACCAAGUGUAAAAUCUGUGAGUGGGCCUUUGAAACGGAGCCAGUCUUUCUUCAGCAUAUGAAGAACACACACAAGCCAGGGGAGAUGCCCUAUGUCUGCCAGGUGUGUCAAUACAGGUCGUCAUUCUACUCCGAUGUGUACAACCACUUUCGCACCUGGCAUGAAGACACACGUUACCUGUUGUGCCUUUACUGCCUGAAAACCUUCAAGAAUUCCAAUUCUUACCAGCAGCACUUUUCCCGACAUCAGAAAUCUACAGUGUACCACUGCAACAAAUGUCGGCUACAGUUCCUCUUCACUAAAGAGAAGCUUGACCAUAAGUUGUGCCAUCACAAGACUUUCCGCAAGCCCCAGCAGUUGGAAGGAGUCUCGGCUGGUACUAAAGUGACAAUCAGAGCAUAUGCAAUAAAUAAAUUGCGUAGCACUAGCUCUGGGCCACUUCCAGGAGCACCACCACCGACUCAGCCCAAACCAGAGCCAGCGCCAGCACCAGUCCGCCUUCCCCAGCCCAGCGUACCCCCCCAGCCCAUGCAGACCAUACAGAUCAUUCAGCAGCCCAGAGCCAGUGCAUCCAAGAAGCCAAUCAGCAAGAUGAUCGAGUUACUUACCAAAUUCCAAGAACAGAGGCCUCUCCAUGGCAAGCAGAAGUGUAUUGAGUGUAAUUAUGAGGUUCCGGACUUCUCCCAUCACUUUCCCACCUACGUGCACUGCUCCCUGUGCUCUUACAGCACGUGCUGUUCCCGGGCCUAUGCCAACCACAUGAUCACCAACCAUGUUGCACGCAGGAACCCAAAACACAAAGGAUAUACGCUGCCACCUCCAAGCUUGUUAAGGAUGGUCUGUUCAGACUGUGAUCUUGUCACCUUCAAUGGUGACAUGAUGGCCAGGCACUUGGUGCAGAACCCUGACCAUUCCUAUAGUACCUGCACUCCAAAAGAACUUCUGGAGUCGGAUAUAGAGUUCAGCGAGGUUGAGGAGGAGGAGGAGGAGGAACUGCGAGGGGAAGGAACUAGUGAUGUAGGAAAGGAACCAGAUUGGGCCUCGGUGGAUGCCUGGAUCGGCGAUGGCCAGAGCAGUAAACCCAUCCCAGAAUUCACUGACCCCAGUGGGCCCUGUCACACUCUGAGCAAACACAGUGACGCUAUUGACUACUUCCAGUUACUCUUCCCCAACUCGCUGAUGCAGCUCAUCACCUAUGAGACCAAUGCCUUUGCCAAAAGCCAGCACUUCCUUGGGCAUGGAGACUCUCACUGGACUCCUAUGACUGAGAACGAACUCAAGGGAUUUUUUGGUCUAUGCAUUUUCAUGGGUUUGCGUAAUCUCCCCGAAACUCAAAUGUACUGGUCCUGUCAACACUACGAUGGCUGUGCAGUCUUCAUGAGGACCAUGACAUGCAAACGCUUCCAGCAGAUAGCCUCAAACAUUCGAAUGGGGAGCUGGGUCACUGAAUGGAAGGGCAGCAGUAGCAGCGGUAAGGAUCGGCUUCGGCUCUUUCGGCCCAUGCUUAACAUCCUGGAGGUCAGAAUGUGGGAAACGUACAAACCCAACAAGAACCUGACCAUUGACCGUGCCCUACUGCCACGUCUGGGCACUGAGGCUGGCAAUGAGAAACAACGAGAAGCACAGCCAAGAAUAUGGCUCCUCUGCGACUCCAAAUCUGGAUAUUGUCAUCGACUGCACAUUCAGAUGCGAUGUAGAAGAGGUAGUGAAAUCUGUCACAGUGUUGUGCCUGCUUUAUUGGAAGGUAUGGAAGGUAAACAUCAUCAGUUCUACCUGUCAAAAUCUCUGUCAUCUAUCCCUAUCAUGCAAGAGUUGUUGGGCCACCAAAUCUAUAGCUCUGCUUCAGUGCUUCCUCGGUCCCCGGUUUUGCCCAAAGCGCUUUGGGACCAGGAACGUGUUGAGACGCCUGGAGAUUUUCGGCAGUACACCUGUGGCCCGGUCUUGGUGACCCGAUGGAGGGAUGUUAAGGAAAUGUUCUGCAUGUCAACCAACUGUCAACCAGGCCGACCCGAUGAUGUCUGGAGGAAGUCCAAUAGCAAGGCUGGGGAACUAGUUUCCAUCAAGAGACCGCUGGCUUUUAAGUUGCUCCAGGAUAACAUGCGGGGCGUUGAUAUCUGUAACCAGCUGCUAACUUGCAACCCUUUGGGAGGGAUUGUCCUUGACACACACUGGCGCUGCCUAUUCUGCCUCUUGGUUAAUUUGAGCAUCAUCAACUCCUUCAUUGUACUUCGAGAGAGCCGCAAACACAACCCACCCAUAUGGGUGCAAGAUGGCAGGUUCUCCCAAGCCCAGUACCGUAAACGUCUGGCCUAUCAGUUGGCAAAGUGUGCAUAUAGAAAACCUGAACCGUUUGUUCGUACAGUUCGUAGACGCCGGAGAAAGCGAGUAAAGCUAUUAGGCUUUCGAAUCAAGGAAGAGAGAGAGUCCGACAGUGAUCAAGAAGGUGUGAGACACUACUUGUGCAAGAUCACUCCAAAGACCAGAAGGUGCAGGAACUGUACGCUGAAGAACGCCCGCCACGAGUCCGUUUUUGGUUGCAGUGCUUGCAAGGUGAACCUGUGCAAGGGUCACGUGUGCUUCUGGGAAUACCAUGGAUUCUCCAGCCAACUGAAAGUAUCCCCAAAAGUUGGUUUCAUUGAAAGUCGUGAGGGUUCAGACAUGCGGAGAAACAGAGUGUCAGGCUCUGUUUCAGAAUCUCUGGGGGAGGAUUCCGUGUUGGAGAGGAAUCCAGAUGAGGAAAUGGCUCCCUUGGAAGACUCUGAAUCCGACAUGGACCAGAUGGACGACCCGAUGCAGAUGUCUGCAGUGGAGUAUGAAGAGAGUAGCAGGAAUUCAGGGCAAGAUGUCAGUCAGGAAGCUCACACACAAAUCACACCCACGCAUGAGAGCCCCAAACUUGAGCCUCAGUGUUCUUCCAGAGAGCAGCAGGAGGAGGUCCCGUCUGCCAGGCAGCUCAAGACUCUUCUUCUUACUCUUUGCAGUGGGAUCAACAAAGCAUCAGAGAUUCAUGCCACCAAGCCAAAGCUCAUCGAAGCCUGGCUUAGGGAGAAAAAGGAGCAGUUAGAGCACAAAUGCCAGAGAGAUGCCAUUGAUGGCGGCGAGGCUGGGGGGCCUGUUGAUCAGCUGGUUGAGUGGGUGCUUGCACAGCAAGAGCAGCAUCUGCCGGUCAGUGGAGAAAACCUCUUUCAGAAGGCCUCUGAGUUCCAUAGCAAGGCCAAUCAGAAGAGCACCUUUAGAGUGUCACACGAGUGGGCAGUACGAUUCAUGCUACAACACAGCCUGGGAGUCCAGGCCAUUGCAAAUGUGGGUCGUCCUCUUCCCAGUAGCAUGGAGGGCACCUCGCAACACUUUACUGAUUUUGUCCACCAGCAGAUCAAGCAAAAUGGCCUGUGCCACUCUGUCAUUGGAGCUAUGGAUGAACUAUCCAUCUUUGUGGAUGUGGACUGUCUUCUUGACUCUGCCACUUUAGAAAAGAAGCCGACCUUCCAGUUUGUAGGCAGUGGCAAGUCUUUAAUUGACGUCCACUUGACCAUUCUUUCUGAUGGCACAGUCCUGCCAGCCCUGGUGUUUUUCAACGGCCAGUUGCCCUCCAGGCUAUUCAGUGAGUUGCCAAACUGUGUUCUGGUGGAGGGCAAAGUUGAGGGGUUCACCGAAGAAGAGGAGCUGAACAUCUGGAUUGAACGAGUUUGGCGAAAGCACCUCAGUUCUCGCAGUGAGAGCAAAGCUCUUCUGGUCAUGGACGGACACCGCAGGCACACGUCAGUCUCUAGCCUGGACAACCUGAGCAACUGCAACACCGUCCCAGCCAUGAUUCCAACAGGAUGUAGCGCCAGACACCAGCCUCUGGACAUGUGCUUCCGGCCAGUCCUGCAGAUGUUCCUCCUGGGGCGGUGGGCUCAGCUGGCUGAGAAGGGUGGUGCCGCGGGAGUAUCAGCCAGUGACGUGGUGCAGCUCUUGGUGGACUGGCUGGUGGAGGCUUUAACCAGCAUCUCUGACAGGCCAGAGGUCAUCCAACGCUCCUUCUGCUUAGCAAAGGUGGUUGACCGACAGGGCGAAGGAGACAACAAUCCAGCGGAUGUUCAGGCUGAGUUGAUCACUACGGUGAAGGAAGCUAUGCUGCAAACCGCAGAGAUCGAGACAAAGGCGUCUGCAGAGGAGGUUCCUGGGGACACCGCAACGACGGAGAUCAACAGAGAGCAGGUCGAAGAGGAGGGUCACGAGAGUCAGCUAGAACGUCUGCCUGGACAUGAGACAGACAGUGCAUCAGCAAACAAAGAUGAGUGAUGUGUCCAUCAGUCGACAUUCCACAACCUUUGUCUUUUUCUGGACUUGGUUCUUUAUUCUACCUCAAAUUUUUUUUACGAAAAAUCAAAGCGUAUCAAAGCGUAGAUGUGAAAACUCUGUGGGUGAUGAAAAAUGUAAAUAACAGUAAUUGUUUCUGUUUUGCUUUGAGCUUAUCUCAUAUUGUAUGACAUUGCUUGCAAGUAUAUCCUCUGCUUAGUGAUCCAUUAGCACUAAUUCCAAUCAUAAGAUCUUACAAAUUAGAACAGUUCAGAUCUGUAUCUGUAUUUAUUGCUUUUUCUCUGAGAGUUUGUAUUAUUUUAAUGUGUUAUGAGUGACUUUCAAAAAAUGACUUUCAAAAAAGUAUUUUUAUGUGUCUAUGACAAUGCCAUUCCAUUUGUACCCCCACUUUUAUUUAUUUUCAUGAAGCAGUGAUCUGUACAGUGUAUGAGAGUUUUCUACACUGCAUUUUUUUAAAUACUGUUGCAACUGCAAAAUAAUAAAUUAAAAAGUUUUAUCAGCA